AUGUAUAUAGAUAUUCUACAUGAGGCUAUUGAAGCAUUGUGGAUUGAGAAUAAAGUGAUGAGAAAUGAACUAGAAAAAGAAAGAGAACUUCAGCGGAAAGAAAGAAAGAGAGAGUUGGAAAUUGCAAAAAAAGAAACAUUAGAAAGAGAGGCUAAAUUGUUUCUUCAGAAUACCAAGGUUACUUAUUCAGGUAGCAGAAACCUCUAUAGAAUUAAACAUUUUUCGGAAGAAAUUCUUUUAAUUUCAGAAAACUUCGAAUUGGACGAUCGGCAGCUUAUCAUCAUUGCAGGAAGAAAUAUGACAGGAAGGGCCAAAAUCUGGUUCAAUGAACAUACGGCUCGUGAAGAAAGUCAAUCUGAGACCUUCGAUCAAUUUAUUCAAGCCCUCGAACUACAAUUUAGUGAAGAGUAUGAUACACACGUUCAGUUUACAAAAUUAUUGAAUUUACGCCAAAUUGGAAAAGUUAGUACAUUCAACAAUAACUUCGACGAAUUGCUUGAAAAAUUACCAUCUGAUUACUUCUCUGAAGAAGCUAAAUUACUUCUUUAUCUAACAAAGCUUGGGAAGGUUACCAAAAAACAAGUAAACUCCAAGAAGCCAACAAGUUUAAGUGCUGCGAAAAGAUUUGCAGUAGAAUAUGGCGAUACACAUAACAAUUCUUAA